UUGACCCGAAGAGAACAGCUGAUCAUCAGAGGUUAGGAUUGGAAAAAGAAAGCGAAGAUAUCCAGUGGAGGAUAAAUUACAAAUAAAGAGAAGAUUUUUACCCCAAAUUGCUGUAAUGCAUGAAACGUUUCAUGACGAUCCCACGGACGUAUCGAAACGAAAACCUAGAAGAUUGAGAGGAACUCCAGCCAAUAAGUGGAGCAUUGGAUUGAGCUUCGGAACUGUUGUCAUAGUUUCUACACUAUUGCAAUUAUUCGUAAAUUCUCGCCUGUCCGAUAAAGCGAAGAAAAAAUUCGUGGUGGCCGCAACUGAAACUGAAGAGCAGAGGCUGCAUGCUUUGAUGAUGAAGGACUUGUUCUUCAAUUCGGUGGUAAAAACUCUCGAAAUGAAAGAAACCGGCGACUUACCCAUACGAGAAGAUAAUUAAUCUUCCAGUUCUCACUCAACACCAGCAGAAAUGUCGAAAAAACCUGAGAGACAGUCGCCCGAGGGGCGACUGCGUCUCAAAACCUCAGGCAAAAGGUACCUCGGGCAAGAAUCAAUCAAGAUCUCUGUAAAAAUCCGUACCUAUUAAAUUAAAUGAGUAUCACCUACGAA